GUAUUUUUGUUCUCCCGGUACAGUUGACCUGGCCUACCAAGGAGCGUCGGACACUUACGAGGCAGUGGACCAGAACGAGAUGACGUGCGUUGAAGACGACAGCAUGACCGAGCUGAUGAUUUACCUGAAACAGAAUUACACGUUUAGUUUUUUAAACAUCAUCAGCAAGAAGUCGUUGCUUAUCGAUUCCAUCGUCGUGGACUUUAUGACCCAGAGCUGUCUCGAGAUGAGGAACUUCUACUCGUCUGCAACCAGCCGUGAUGUAUACUGCAAUCCCAGGAACCCAGUCAGGAUCAUAAGGCUAAAGGGUGCUGGAGUAUCCUCAGUGUGUGAUGUACACGUCAGCGGGGGUCGGAACUUUUUCGCCGGGCUUCCAACCAGCGCCUCACUUUACUUGGGCUCCCUGGUCAAUCUAACAGUCGAUGGAGUGACGCCUACCAGGAUUUCAGUCGAAAACUCCAAGUGUUUGGUCCUCGGAGGGCCGGACUCUCUCGUUAUGCUGAACAUUACAUUAGACAAAGCUGUGCAGAUCAGUCGAGUGAACAUUCUCAUUAGCUUAGAUGUCUUCAAUAUCACCAAUCGUCCCAAAGUCUACCAGCUCUCACUGUACGACCAAACCGGCACAAGACGAUUUCGAGAUAACAUAACUCGUGCUGACGAGACGGAGGUUCUCUCCUUUGUCUUCACUUCCAACAAGCUCACCAAGAAGAUCACCAUACAAAAGAUGGAUCGAGGUGUCGCCAGGCUGUGCGACGUUGAAGCUUUCGGAGAUUGUGCGUUGGGGACGUACGGACUUGGCUGUUUGGAUCUAUGCCGAGGCCACUGUCUGAAUGAUCUUUGCAGUCCCGUACGAGGGCUAUGUAGUCAAUGUCCUCGCUUAAAAUAUGGAGACCGUUGUCAAAAAUUUUGUGCAGAAAACUGCCAAGAUUCUUGCUUUGUCUAUGAUGGGAAAUGCACAACUUGUAAGCAGAAAUACUAUGGCAGCCUCUGUAACGAAAGUUGUAGUGAUGGCUGCAAGAACGACGGAAGUUGUAAUCAAAUUAACGCCACGUGCACUUACGGAUGUUUUUUAGGUUUCACGGGACCCUUGUGCGAGAAAUGCCCCACUUACUGCAGCCUCUCGGAAGAGACUUGUGAUGCGGAGAGCAAGAACUGCUUGAAAGGGUGUAACGUGGGACGCUACGGCAGCAAGUGUGAUUCGACGUGUUCCAUUCAUUGCAAGACUUCCGGUUGCAACCCAACAACAGGAGCGUGUAUCAGUGGCUGUCAGAGUGGCUUUUUUGGUGCGCAGUGCAACAGUGAAUGCAGCCGAUUCUGUUUAGAAAGUGUUUGUAACUCCACGAGCGGAAACUGUAGUUCGUGUGUUCGAGGCAGGAGAGGAGAUUUUUGUCACAAGAAGUGCAGUUCCAACUGUUAUGAUGACGUUUGUGAUAAAAAUGAUGGCUCAUGCUCCCGCGGUUGUAAAGCUCCAUUCGCAGGGAAAUUUUGUAACGACGAGUGCCAAAACUGUGGCGGAGACGGGGAAUGCUCACAGACAUCAAAGGUGUGCGUGUCGGGUUGUGUGCCUGGAUAUGAGGGGGAGAGCUGUCUGAUACCGACUCAGCCCUCCGUUGUAUUGCCUUUUCUACUGAUUUCGUUCUGCCUCAUAUCAUCCUUGGUCUCCAUCAUCUACCUGUGUCACAGGCGCAACCAGGACAACCUGAAAUUAGAUGAAUAGUAGCGUGAAGGUGGAAGGCAAAGAGAUGGACCAGGUCACGUGGUGUCAAGGAUCGGUUGUCAUUGCUGUCCUGUUGAAAUAUUCCCCAUCCCUGAUUCUUCCCUGUUUCAUCAAUACGGAGAGUUAUGCUCUUUUUUGGAGAUUUAAAGUCAUUUCUAUUAUCACGAUGACUAUGAACAAGUUACAUCAAAUCAUAAUGGGAUUUAUGGCCGAGAGGUUAAGUUCGCGUGAAGACAUUCUGGCUCCCUAUCAAGGGGGCUCGAAGUUCGACACCGACUUGAGCAGAGUUGUGCUUACUGAGCACGGAAAAACCUUCUUACAGAUGCCCCCCCCCUCUCCCACCACUGGUCCACAAAAAAUAUUAGACCAUAGAGCUCUGAACAUGGAAGUUGCACGAUAUAAAAACUUUUCAAACAAGAUUACAAAGAGAGCUUGUGUUAUCACACAAACUCAGAGGCGGCCCACAUCAAAUUCACCAAUGGACGAGAAAUAUAUUCAAGCCAUAUUCUUGUUUUGAUCGUUUUAAAAAUUUGGCAUUAUUUUUCACAUAAAAGCAAACAGUGCAACACGUCGUAUAAGACUCUUCUUACUCUUAUGGAAUAAGUAGAGUUGCGUUUAGUGAUCACCUAAGAUCAGCAUGGAAACCUCCCGAUACAGCGUAGGUGGCACCUAGUGCGGUAGCUCAACCCUCCCCAUCAACUUUCUUGAAAUAUGUUCCAAUGAACACUAUUGGUAGUUUUUUUUUUCUUUGUUGAAUCAAUACAGUGAGCAUGGGAAACCUGUUAAGUUUUAUUUGAUUUUUACUCCAAUGUAAAAUCCCAAUGUUUAUAACAUUUAUUCAAAUGUUAUUGCAAUUUUUACAAUAAUAUUUAAUUAAGUUUCUUUUGUUAUACUUUAAGACAGAAAUUGUGUAACGUGCUGUAUCAUUUACACUUUAACUACCAUCUAGAUGUGCCUAGGCAUAUUUGGGCAUAUAUCUAAAGAUUUUAUUAUCUUUUCCCAUGUGUCUGCUUUUACAAAGUUAUAAUUUUUCAAACAUGGUUGUCACCCCCAAGAUGGUGUCGACUGGUGAGGACCUCACCCCUCACAACCCCUCCCCCUAGUGACGCCACUGCUCCAAGAUAUAUUUCGAUAUUUUAUUAUUAUCUUUUUCAAUGUCUGCUUUUACGAAGUUAUAAUUUUUUCCACUUGGUUGCCACCCCCAAAAUGGUGUCGACUUGUGCGGACCGCAGAUCUGCCCCUCCCCCCAAUGACGCCACUGCUCCAAGAUACCUACUUCUUCCCAACAUUUCAAUUAAUAUAUUAGAGUAGACGUAGUAAGAAAUACAAAAAAUGAGCCUAUACAACUUAACAGGUUUCCCACUAGUAUGCCUACUAAUCAUAAUUAUAAACGCUUUAUUUACUUAAUAGGUCUAGACUAGAUCCAGAAUAUAGAAUAUAUAGGCCCUAUAGAAUCUAGAUAUUGACAAGAUCUAGAUUCCUUGACUAGCUCUAAAUAUAGUCUAGAUCUAGAAUCUAGAUCUACAUCUAGACCAGAUCUCUAUACUAGUUCUUGAUCUCUGGAUUGAACUAGAAUCUAGAACUAAAAUCUAGAACUAGAUAAACUAUUGUCCUAAUGGAUGAUAAAUGUAAAUUUGUUCAAAUUGUUUAAUAUAAUUAAAUCUAAAUAUAGAUCUAUGUCUGGCCUCUAUUUAGUCUAAUUUAGAUUGUUGUCAAGUGUAUAGCCUAAUGAGGAUAUGUGAAAACUGCGCGCUAUAAAAGUUCGUUUUUGUUUUUAAACUUACAAUUGAAGCUAAGUUAGUAUCAAAAUUCUUUUUAAAAACAACAUUUCAAUCAGUAUUUUAUUCAAUGAGCUAGUCAAUAAAUGGAAAAUAUAUUUUAUAAUAAUGCAUUUAUACUUUUCUAUUGUGACCUUCGAUGCAUUUGUUUUAUGCGCGAAUCUAUAAAUGAAGCUUAAGUUAUUAAUGAAAAAGUCUGUAACCUUUUCUAAAAACUUACCUCCCUUGAAUUUUUUCAUUGAAAAGUGGUGUAAUUUUUUGAAAAAUCUGCUUGCAUAUAUAAUUUUUAAAAUUAAAUUAUAUGGUUCACUUUCGGAAAAGAAAAAAAUAGCCGUUGCAUCAGAAUUUCAUGAUGUCAGAUUCUCAUUUUCUUUUCUAGUUUCUGAGAUCUAAACGGGACGGACUGACGGACGGACGGACAGACAUUCCACAUAAAACAAAUAGUGUUUUUUUUCAUUGAUUAAUAUGUUGACAUCGAAAAUAAAUAAGUAUAAAACAUCAUACCUGAUCCAAGAAUGGUAAUGGAGGAAUAAUAUGUACACGAUUCUACACAGACAGAGAGACAGACAGAAAGAGUUGAUAUGAGCUUUGUAAAAGUCUUGAUUUAAAGAUCUGCAGCCCUCAAAGAGAUUGUAUCCCUUGUCAUAGGAAGAGAUCAGAAUGUAGAGUUUUCUUUGACAUAUAACAUUGUUAUUUUGUUUUUAUAAUUCUUUGUAUUCCUUUUUAUUUUGUGUAAAAUUACCAACCAAAACACUUAAAGUGUUUUUAGCCAAAA